AUGCUUGAUUCACAAGAGCUUGAUGAGUUCUUAACGGAACUUAGUCAAGAGUCAUCGCCUGUUUAUUGCUUCGAUAAACCACAAAGAGAUGAAGUUAAAAAACUUAAAUCAUGUUUAUCGUCCUUAAGGCUCUCAAGCAAAGAACUUCUUGAGGAAUAUAAAAAGAAACAACAGGAAGUAAAUGACCUCAAACAAGAUAAGGAUAAGGUCCUGUUAGAACUGGAACAGCUUCGAAGAAUAAACUAUGAUCUAACGAAUGAAAACGUUAACAAUAAAUUCAAUUUCGAGCAAAUAACAAAUGAGAUGGAAGAGAAUUUUGGUGAAAACAUCAACAACUACAUCGAGCUUUCAAAGGAUUAUCUAAGCCUACUUAGUGAUGUGACUUGCUUUAAUAAUUUUGAAAUUAAGGCUCAACAUAAUAAAGCAAUGGCUAAAACAGAAAAAUUCUUAUUUAAAACAUUAAAAGGGGAAUAUCAGAAACCAAAGAUUAUUAAUUCGAAACGUCUCAAAUGUAAAGACGACAAUUAUUCAACCACAACACGAAAAUCUUCUCGUAUAAGUAAAAAAGAUGUUGUUGGCAUAGAAACAAAUUCUAAACGUCGUAAAAUAGAUAUUUGGGAUUUGAAUUCAAUAUCUCAAGUCUCAUCACCAGCACCAACAAUUCCCUUUAAUGAGGAAACUUCAGAUUUGUCAUCGGAAGUUGAUUCAAGUUAUUCUUUUAAUACUUUCUCAAUUGGAAAUGAAACAUCUUUCACCUUUCUUGAACGUCAAAAAAGUUCUACACAAAAGGAUGAUUUUCAAUGCAAAUGCUCUCAGCUUAACAAUGAAAUCAAUUCAACUCUCAUAUCAGUUGGAACAAAUACUGAUCAACCUCACGAACCACCACCGAGCUUACCUUCAUUGACUGAUAAUUUUGAUAAUCAACUUUCAAGUGAUGAUUCGAUAACAGAUUUUAAUGUUGAGGAAAACGAAUUAACAGAAAAACCUUCUGAAACAAUUAAAGUCGAUGCAGCUACUGAAACUGAGAGCAUUGAAACCGAAGUUAAAUUACAUCAAAAUUUAGAAGAUCGUGGAACGUCACCAAUUCCAAUUGUUAUGUGUAAUCAAUCGACAAUAACUAUUCGAUCUACAACAACUCGUGGAACGAGCACAAAUUCAGUCGUCAUGAAGAACUGUGGAAAUCAAUUUCCGGAAAUUUCAAUAGAAAAAAUCUUAAAUGAAUUUAAUUUCGAGCUUCCUGACUGUUUAAGUCCCAUCGAAGAUUUGUCAUUCGAAUCCGAUGUUGAAAAACCGCAAACACGUUCCUCGGAAACAAUCACAGAUUAUUGUAAUGUCAAUCGUGAGAUUGUUUAUGCAAGUGAUUUGGUUGGGAAGUUAAAGACAGAAAGAAAGUCAGUAUCAGAUGAAUGUGAAGAAGAUAAUUCGGAUGAUAAAAGUUUCAAUAUGCUAGGAAAAGUUCUCUUUAAUUUAUUCUUACAACAAGUUGAGAUAGAAGAGCCGAGCGAAUUCCAAGAAAUCAUGAAAGAAAUUGAAAAUUUUAAUUCAAAAGUUUCGUCGUUUAUCGAACCAAUUAAAGAUUUACCGGAGGUGAUGUUUGAUUCUUUGUUUCCUGAAAUUGAAAGUUUUGAAAAUUCGCCACUUGAAGAUUCAUUAAAUGAUGUUCUGAGUGGAUUUGAUGUCGAGCAUGAACCGAUUGAAAUUCCCCUUGAAAAAGACGAUCAAAAUUUGAUUGAAGAAAAGCAAUUUACCGAAUUUGAAACUCCAAAGUCGCCUGAACCAUUUAUGAUGGGUUCAAAUGAAAACGAUGAUGUCACUGAGAUUCCAACAGAAACUCCAUUGAUCAUCAAAAAGUCAUCGAUAGAUGUCGAUUCAAUUCUUGAAUUUUGUCCGUCAUUAAAACUAAAAAUGGUAAAGUGGAAACAAACACAAAAAGUUUCUAGUAAAGCUGACAUUUUAGAGCUGGAAAGUGUAAAGAACAGUAUUAAAUUAUAUUUCGUUGAUGAGUGGACAGAUGAAAAUCUUUCCAAAUGUCUUAAUUCAAUUGAAACAACAAAAGAAUUCAGUUUGAAAGAAGCAAUUUUUGGAAUAGUCGAAGAUAACAAAAAUGAAACUGAGAUUGAUGCUACAUUCACACCACCAGCACCUCCACUUCCACAUUAUCAACAGAAAUUGAUUUUAUUGAUAAAGAAAUUAUCAGAAACCUUUUUGAAUCUGCCACACAUACUCAUUGAUGAUUUUGAGGAGAAACUUUUCAAAUUUGAAAAUAACAACAUGGAAUUGAGUGACUUACGUAACUUAACUUACUUUUAUACCUCACUCGCUGAUCUUUUCUUUGAAGGAGAUGCAAGCAUGCUUUUCUAUUUCAUCGUUAAAUCCAUUUACUUUUUUGGCAUUAAAGCUGUCCCCAUUGUAUUUGUGGUUGUCAAAGCAUUUCCUUAUGUGUUGCCAAAGAAAAGUUUGCUGCUUAAGAAGUACAGCAAAAAUAUUGAUUGGGAGAAUAUGACAGGUCUUGAAUUAUCUAAAGUUCAUUUAGACUAUAGUGUCAUGGAUUCAUUGGAUUUAACUGUGAUGUAUUUGUUGGCAUGCAUUCAACGAAAUCUGUGUGGAUCAGCUUGUCGGAAGUCUCAUAGUCACAUUGGUUCUGGAAUCAGAGGUCACGAAUUGUUCAACUUUAUUCAACGAUUUUAUGGAUUUCCUUCAGGAUUUAUGACAGAAAACAAACUAUUGGAGAUUCUUAUAGAGCGAUUGGAAGUUGGUGAACAUCAGAAUCUUUCAAUGAGUUUGAUUUUGUUAGCCAAACGAGCUAGUCAGGAGUUUACAUUGGAAACAAUUGUUAACAAAAAUUUACUUCCGAUGCUUAAUAAGUUAGUGUUAUGUUUACAUGGGAAUCUCUCGGAUCUUCAAACUAGCCAAAUGUGUUUGCUUGUUGAAUGCAUUUCAUCAAUUAUCAAACCGUUUCCAAAAGGACAAACUUUUAAAGAAGCUUUUCCAGUAAUUGUGAGCAUUGUUGGUAGAACGAAGCAGAUGAAAAUUCAGGAAACUUGUAUCAAGGCGAUUCUAAGACUUCAACGUCUUUUUGACAAUCAUAAAGAAAUUUAUACGAUCAUCAAACAUUACCUCAUGACAUCUGGAUCGAAGCAAAAUGAUGGUUUAAUUUACGCAAUUAAAACAUUCAUUCAUAGAAAAAAUGAAAAGUUCUUUAAGGCAUGA